AAUAACAAUACAAACUCAUCUCCACAACAAUUUGACAACACACAACCUCAAAUAUUUGAUUAAAUCGACAAUAAUUUAUCCACAAAUUUCAUUUCGUUCGCUAUAGAAAGAGAGAGAGAGAGAGAGAUUCACAGAUCCCCUCUGCUCCGUCGGCAUAUUGAUUCUCCGGCUGCUGUCGCAACAACUGGUUGGGGGGACUUCAUGUAGACCGUCGAUGUUGGUCGAAGCUUUGCCUCCUACAUGAUCAUUCGACUUUUAACGAUUCUGCUCGCAACUUCCUCCUCCCUCCACACUGCGACCUUUCAUUUCUCUGUGCUCUUCAAAUCAGUUUAGCACGCUGAAUUAAUGCAUAAUAUUUCAUUGAUCAGAUCUGUUGAAUGUUGCAUUGAUUCUAUUUUUUAGAUCAAAUCAGAUAUGUAGCUCUCCCGGGUACACCUUCCAUCCCCGUGCGUGUCACAGGCUCACAGCGAAAGAGAAGAAGAGUGUAUUGAAAAAAAAUAAUGGUAGAGACAAAAUUAUUUUCUUGCAUAAAAAUUGGUUAAUUUUUAAGAUUAAUGCUUUUUAGUUUUUGUUACCGGAAUGGAUAAUUUUGUAUAUGGACAUUCUUAAAUUUGGCACGUAUAAUGAAAAGUUUUUGAAUGUUUAAUAAUUGAUGUAUAUAAUCAAACUUAAUUAAAUAGCUCAAAUAAAUUUAACCAAAGUUCCAAAACUCAAUUGUAGUUCGUUAAAAGAAAGAAAGAAAAAAAAAUUAUAGCUGAAAACAAGAUAAAUUUGAGUCCUGCAAUUUAUCGAACCAAUAAAACACAAUUCAUUAUUUUAUUUGAACCAUAUAAUACUACAGAUAACACAAUUUUCCUACAAAUUAGACAAUACUCACAAAAUGGGAAACGGUGGUGGGAGAAAAGAGGCAUGCGCCGAUGAAAAAUAAGAGCAGAAAAUUCGCCACCACCCGCACACUAAUUUCAAAUUUCAACAUACUUAUUAUUCAAGAAAAACUUUUCUUGGGGAAGAAGAAGAAGAGAGAGAAAGAGUGUUGUAUCCAGAUAUCCCGUUCUCUCGCUUUGCGCGAAUGUAACACAGCUCAUGGAUCCAUCCUUGGUGUGCCACGCCAUUAAACCUGCACGGAUAAAUCUACAAUUAUUUAUAUGAACGCCUAUAUCUUGUUCCCUUCAUCAAGGGUUCCGUCUUGUUUCUUCUCCGGCGAUUGUUUGAUGCUGGAAAGCCAUGCCGACAUUUACAGCUAUAGCGUUUGAUAGACUGAUAGAACCUGGAGCUGCAAAGUCCAUGGUGCAAGCAAGAAAUUCUCCUGACUCAAAACUUGAGAGGAGACGUAGCACUUCUAACACUAUUGAAAUUAGGGCAAUGGAUGCUCCUAGCUCAGUGGUGGAAAGGGGAUACGGCAUUCCUCCAAAUCCAAAGUCGGAGAGGGGAGUUAAUGUUCCCACGAACCCAAAGCUGGACAGGGGAGUUAGUGUUCCUCCUAAUACAAAGCUGGAAGGGGGAGUUGGUGUCCAUCCUAAUACAAAGCUGGAGAGGGGAGUUAGUGUGCCUCCGAAUGCGAAACUAGAGAGGGGAGUUGCUAUUCCUUCUCAUGCAAACCUUAAUAAGAAGAAUAGUGCACCCACUACAACCGUUGUAGAUAAAGAGCACCAUUGGACUCGGAUCUCACCAGCACUCUAUGCCACCCCCGAAUCGACCCCGCUUCCAGAUUCCCCAUCUUCAUUUCCCCCAUCACCUUACAUUAUUAAUCACAAGCGACGGGGCCCACGACUCAUGAAGAGUUUCUCUGAAUAUGAUGUUACAAGUUGGAAUAAUGAAUCUGAUGAGACCAAGGUGCAUGAGAAUGCGAGUAGUGCUGAAAAAGGUGUACCAAGUGUAUGUAAGGAUGACAUUAGUGUUCCUACAGAGGUCAUGGAUUCUACCACGGAUAACAAAGCUAGUCCUUCUGGUACUGGAGAUGCCAAAGAAAAGGAUUUGACUGGUGUUUAUAAUGGCAAACAUGGAAGCAGUACAUUUGCAAAUAGUCCAGUGGGGCAAAAUGGUGUGACGAAAUAUGGUGAUGUGGUUGGUAGUCCAGUUGAUCCACAGGACUCAGUGAGUCUUAAGGGCAUUGGUGAAAAUGAGGGUAAUGGUGGAGCUGGACGGUCUCUGAGUCAGUCAACUCCACUGACUGAGUUCUAUGAUGCUUGGGAAGAAUUGUCGACAGAAAGUGGGCAGCAGCUUCCAUUGCCUGAUAUUGAAACAGAUCUGCGAGAAAUGAAAUUGACUUUGCUGAUGGAGAUUGAAAAGAGGAAGCAAGCAGAGGAAAACCUAAAUAAUAUGCGAAGUCAAUGGCAGAGGAUCCGUGAACAAUUAUCUCUUGUGGGGCUGAAUCUUCCUGUUGAUCCAGCCGCUUUGGAGGAGGGUGAAGAACCUGCUGAUACAGCAGCUGAGAUAUGCCAACAAGUCUAUCUUGCCCGUUUCGUGUCUAAUUCAAUUGGGAGGGGAGUUGCAAAGGCUGAAGUUGAGAUGGAGAUGGAAGCACAAAUAGAGCUAAAGAACUCUGAAAUUGCUCGCUUGUGGGAUAGGCUUCAUUACUUUGAAGCUGUGAACCAGGAGAUGUCUCAUAGAAACCAAGAAGUCGUAGAAACAGCAAGGCGACUCAGGCAACUAAGGAAAAAAAGACAGAGAUGGAUCUGGGGUUCAAUUUCCGCCGUGUUGACGCUUGGAUCGGGCGUCUUAGUGUACUCUUAUUUACACAGCGGAAAAGGAUCGUCUUCCCAAAGCUCGGCACAAGCUUCGGAGAUGGACCGUGGCUCAAACAAGUGAAGUCGACCAGCCACACUGUAGGAAUAAUAGUAGUCAUAAUAAUAGAAAAACAAGGGGUUAAACACCAUCUUGUGAAUACCAGCUCUCUGCCUUCCUGUUUGUUGCGCAAUCUCUGCUAUUGCAGGUUGUAUAAAUGUAAUAAAAACAUAGCUACUGACAGCUAUAUACAGAAGCAAUUCAAAUGCCAACAUAUGUAUUUUGUGUUUUCAAAUAGAGAAAGAAUGUAACCGAUUGACUUUGCA